CAAGUUGUAGACCUCGUGGCAGACAGAAGAGAGAGAGAGAGAGAGAGAGAGAGGAUCUCCUGUCGAACUACUUCGUGCCUGGUUCCACUACUUGAUCUCCGCCCCAACUUUCUCCUCCUCACGGCGUUCCUCCAAAAGCACGCCAAAACCAACUCCGGCCCUCCCCUCCAUCAUCAUCCUUUCCCACUGGUUCAAGUCGCCAGUUUGAGGAACAUUCACUCACUCUCUCAUCCCCAUCCCCUGGUGAACCCUCCAACAGAUUUCAGCGGCCAAACGCCACCAAACCGGGGUGAUUCAGUCCACCACCAAAGAACACCCCCCACCUGCGCUCUCUCCCGAACCUCACGGCGCUUGUCCGGUGUCUCAGUGUCCAAUAACUCCCCCGCCGCUGCUGGCCCAACGGUCGGACACUCGACGACUUUUUUAUUCUGUUUCGCUGACUAGCAAACCCAUUCACUGGGCAUCCUCACCAUAAUUUCACUCGCGAGACAGUUACUUUUUACCUGGAACUGCUUCGUCUCCUAUACAGUCGCUGUAUUCCUCCUUCACCCCCCACCGUCUCUUCCUCUAUCUCAAGUCACGGUGCGCAACAUCGCUCCUGUGAUACAACCAUGGCCGAUCAAUUCAAGGCGCGAACGCUGAAGCGCAAGAACGUCAAAGGCCUUGCCCUGAACGCAGCUCCGAAGCCCGCCUCCAAUAAUUCCGAUGGCGAUGCUCAGGUUCCAGGCGCCAUUGGGAACACCGACAGCAACCGCACCGAUACUCUGGAGAUCGGCCUCGAGUUUCGUCUUGACCUGCGUAGCGAGGAUCUGGUUACCCUGAAGGAGCUGGGCGCUGGAAAUGGUGGUACGGUCUCAAAGGUCAUGCACGCCUCCACGAAGGUGGUCAUGGCUCGAAAGAUAAUCCGCGUCGACGCAAAGGAGAAUGUGAGAAAGCAGAUCUUGCGGGAACUCCAGGUUGGACACGACUGCAAUUCCCCCCACAUUGUCACCUUCUAUGGUGCCUUCCAGAAUGAAGCCAGAGAUAUUGUCUUGUGUAUGGAGUACAUGGAUUGCGGCUCGCUCGAUCGCAUAUCCAAGGACUUUGGUCCCGUGCGGGUAGACGUGCUGGGCAAAAUCACCGAGUCGGUCCUGGCCGGUCUGGUGUACCUGUACGAAGCUCAUCGUAUCAUGCAUCGCGAUAUCAAGCCAUCCAACAUCCUCGUCAACUCGCGCGGCAACAUCAAGCUCUGCGACUUUGGCGUUGCGACUGAGACAGUCAACUCGAUCGCUGAUACGUUCGUCGGCACCUCCACCUACAUGGCCCCCGAGCGUAUCCAGGGUGGAGCGUACACUGUGCGCUCGGAUGUGUGGAGUGUCGGGUUGACGGUGAUGGAAUUGGCGGUUGGUCGCUUCCCCUUUGACACGUCCGACUCCUCAGCAGGCGACCGUGCCAGCGCCGGUCCGAUGGGUAUUCUGGAUCUGCUGCAGCAGAUUGUGCACGAGCCUGCUCCGAAGUUGCCCAAGAGCGACGCCUUCCCUCCCAUCCUGCACGAGUUUGUCGCCAAAUGUCUCCUCAAGAAGUCCGAGGAACGCCCCACGCCUCGCGAGCUUUAUGACAAGGAUGCGUUCCUGCAGGCCGCCAAGCGGACGCCGGUUGAUCUCCAAGAAUGGGCCAUCAGCAUGAUGGAGCGACACAACCGCAAGUCGUAUCUGGCUCCCCCGCCGCCCAAGUCGCUCAAGGACGAGCCCCCAGCUGCGCGAUCGACUCCGUCCCCGAAGCCUCAACCCCAGCAGCAGCCCAGCAGCAAGCCGAUGCGCACUCCCCAGUACGCCCCCAGCGACAUUCCCUCUAGCGUGGGCCGCAACAGCCCAUCGCAGUACCAGUACAACUACGCCCCCGCCAACCCAUCCCCGCGUCCACCCCGGUCAACACGCUCGCCUCCCAUCUCUCUCGAGCAUCUGUCGUUGGAAGAUGAGUACCGCUCCGGCCGUCGUCCCUCACGGACUCCCGUCGGGGGCCCCUCUUCCGGAUUGGAACCCCCCAUGAACCCGAUGGGAUCUCGUUCCGCCAGCUCACACAACACGAAGUCGCGAAUGCCUCUACAGUCAGCAGCGCUGCCCGUGCGAAACGCGCCUCCCCCGAGCGGGCCUUCGCCCUCUGCUCCUGGAAAUGGAUCCUGGCAGCGCCAGCCAAACUCCAUGCGCGGGGACCAUAUGACGGGUGCCGUCUAGACUUCCGGCCCUCUUUCCAUCUCUUCAACCCUCCUACCUCCCUUCACUUCUCUUCCGCGUCCUCCUAUUCUCCUCUUCUUCUAGAGUCCGUGGAUGUGACGAGCUGACAAACAAAUGACACAUACCCACAAACACACCGCUACUUGCUUGAAGCAUUAACCCUUGAACCAUGUAUCUCAUCCAACCUACAUGAUGUAUGUCCAUGACAAACACACACAGAACAACAUUUUUUGCAUCGGCAAGGCGUAUUCAUUCAUUGGCCUUUUCUUUCUUUUCUUUCUUCAUCUUCUUCUAUUUUCUUUUUUUUCAUCUCAUUUGUCAUAUUCUUUCCUGUCAGAUAUACAUACAUCCAUAGCUUCGAUUUUCUUUCAUGUCCUUUUCUUUUUUUUACUUCAUUUUCUUUUCUGCAUAUUUUAGGUCAUCUUCUCAUCUAGCUGACUGUAAGUAUCUUUUGUUUAUGCCAUUUCACUCCAUUGUUUACUGGCUAUGGUUCAUUGCUCGGUAGCAUGGAAGAUGGGGAUGAAUGACAAGUUGGGUAAAGUAAGCGUGAUGUUCGGCCGUGAUAGAUUUUGAUUGCUGUAAUUUAUAGCGAGUAACGGGACGAAACGAAGACUGUUAAUGUUGUCAGGUGAUAAACAGGUCAUAGCAUAGACUAGAUUGAGUUCUAUGGUUGACAUCUAUUAACAGCCCUUGCAUGCUAUAGACCGACUACACUCUACACCACUGGAAUGGGA